AUGUACAGAACUACAAGAUCCCCAAUGAUGCAGCCGCUGGUCAACUCAGGAAUGGGCAUGGCACCUUUCUUUAAGGUGACCGUGUUCGAGCAGGAGCAUUUCCAGGGCAAGUGCUUGGAGUUCACCUCCGAGUGCUGCAACAUCCAGGAGUGCGGCCUGGACAACAUCCGCUCCAUCAGGGUGGAGAGCGGAGCCUGGGUCGGUUUUGAGCACCAUGACUUCCAGGGCCAGCAGUUCAUCCUGGAGAGAGGAGAGUACCCUCACUGGGACGCUUACAGCGGUUCCCUCUCCUACCACGUGGAGCGCCUCAUGUCUCUGCGCCCCAUUUACUGCGCCUCCCACCAGAGCAGCCGCAUGGUCAUCUUUGAGAAGGAGAACUUCAUGGGCCGCAGCACUGAGAUCUGUGACGACUACCCCUCUCUGCAGGGCAUGGGCUGGAUGAUGCCCGAGGUUGGCUCCAUGCAUGUGCAGUGCGGCGCCUUCGUGUGCUACCAGUACCCCGGCUACAGGGGCCAGCAGUACAUCAUGGAGUGUGAGAGGCACAGCGGAGACUACCAGCACUGGAGGAACUGGGGCUCCCACUGUCAGACCCCCCAGAUCCAGUCCAUCAGGCGCAUCCAGCACUGA